AUGUUGGAUCGCAGUGCAUUGAUUGACGUGCAAUUUGGUUACAUCACAGUUCACAGUUCAAUACAAUUCGAUAAUUUGGACGGCUACAGUGAAGAUAAGGCAGCUCAUGCAACAUCUGCGGGCUUUUUGUCUACUAGUAUGUGUGCAUGUAUGUCCAUCAAUGUAUACAUGUCCAUGUAUAAGCCCAAACGAACAAAUCCCAGGAACACUGGCCCGUUCCCGUUUCAACGCCAUUGGAAAACGCUGUCCGAUCUGUUGGGCGAACAAGAAGCCCUAGUCGACGAGUCCGUCUCUUUCUCGUGCAUCGAUCCGAUUCAAGUUCCCCAAGUGCGAAUCAUGGAUUUGGAGCGCUCGGUAAUGGCUCACGGCAAGGCGGCACCUGCUGUCCAGGCUUCCUUCCUCGCCGGUAUCUCCUUAACCCUUCUAUUCCCUCUGCUGGACUUCUACGACUUUUUGCAUGGAUCAUUCACUGAAUUGUUUUCUGUUUCUCUUGAGGAGGAAUCUGGAGUAGGAGGUGGAUUGCUUGUGGGUUCUUAAGAGACCCUAAGAGGUUAUGAGGAGGCGUUGACCCUUUGUGGACGGAUGCGCAAGAGUGCCGUACGACUUAGGCAAAUCCAACUAAAUCUAUGACAAAUUGCAUGAAAGACAUUCCUUACUGUUUUGCUAUUGAUUAAAGAUUGUUAUACCAACAAUGGGUUUUCCUUGAUGCAAGCAAUCUCAUCAGCCUGGAGGUGGCACUCAUCCAGAUCUUAAGCACUUCCAGGGACCUGAAUACAUAUAGAUGACUAAUGGAAAACUUUGAAGGUUCAGGACAUCAACUAGGGGAGAGGCUCUGGUGCAUGCUUCUGUUGAGAGAUGCAGUUUCUUUUCAGUGAUGCUGCAGCCUGUUUUGUAGAUCAGAAUACCUUCGUUUGUGUCACUGAGAAGAUCAAGCUGAGCUUGAACCUAAGCUUCCACAAUGGCACAGGAGAAAAAAGUUACUUACUACUCUCUCAUUUUGUCACCUCAAAUAAUCCUGGAAGUCAGUUGGACAUCAACAGCAGCACACAAUAUGGUGACUAAUAACGCCCAUCAAAUCUGUAUUUGCCAAGCUAAUGGGAGAGGUAACAACUCCAUUCAUAAGACACCGAGUUAUCAUCAAUUACUGUCUUGGUAUAUAUCUUGUGGACAGUAUAUAAAUAUGUGUGUUGAAAGUAUGUAAUCUCCUACUUAUCGUGAGGUAUCGUGGAAGCCGUGUUGACCCGGGGUUCCAAGAAAUGGCAAGCGCUCGCAUCUUAUCUACACGUGGCGGCAGUGCACGGUGCGCUGGGUCAACUCCUCCACCUUGCAGCACUCACCAACAUCACAGAGCUGUUGUCGCCACCAUAUAUGCCCUGCACUGUGCCCGCGUCUCCUCCUCUUUCUUCCUCAGCCUUCUCUUCUGAUGCCCGUCGUUCCAAGAUUCACUUAAAACAUUGUCAUCGUUAUUACAUGCAUGCAUGUAACUUUUCUUUACUUUUUAUCCUCGGUUAGCGGUAGAAAAGAAAAGACUCGAUUGGUAUGUAGAUUGAAGUCAGUGGUGACGAUUAAGACGUCCAAUAUCGUACAUUAGGUAUGGACGAAACGGAGGAUGAUACGGCGUGUUUAGUAAAUGAUUUUGACAUUUCCGUGGCCGUUCUGCCCAUUGUUAA